AUGGCUUGGAGUCUCUUCUAUUUGGUUCAGUCUUUCCAGUCUCCACUGCCUUGGUCAACAUGCCCCUUACUGAGGAACUCCAGUGAUUUUGGUGAGAAGAGAGGGAAGAAAAGGGCAAGUGGGAGGGCUGAAAAAAGGAUAGGGCAGUGAAGAAGGAAGAGGAUCAUUGAGAGAAUAGGGAUGAACAGGAAGAUGAUGGAGAUUAGAAGGAAAGGGUGGAGGGGGAUUGGAAGAGGGAGGCAUGUGGUCUUGCAGUUUCCUCCAUGGCUAGUUCACCUCAGAUCCUGAAUGUGAGCGGACAACAUCCACCACAUACUUUUGGUACCGGAAUGUAUUGAAGGCCACAGAUGAAAUUGAAAUGGGUGGACUACCAGUUAUGCAUCUCAGUGUCUCUCUCUUUGUGACCUGGUUAAUUAUCUGCAUCUCCAUGAUCAAAGGACCCAAGUCCACUGGGAAGGUGGGCCAUCCUCUAACUUAUAAUCUUAUAGGGGACCCCCUAAUAUUCUCCUAACUUGAUGCCUGUAGGUCUCCGACUUCUAACUCCUUCUAAUAUGACCUUUGACUCUCCAUAGUCGUUGAUCCUACUGUCCCAGCUUCUGCCUUUGCUGACCUCUAUUUCUGAAUCAUACUCCCUAUUCAGAUGCUGUAUGUCUCAGUACUCCUUCCCUACUUCAUCCUUUUCUGUCUCCUUAUCCGGAGUCUCAUGCUGGAAGGCGCACAUUUUGGUCUCAAGAGUUUGUUGGCUGCCAAGGUGAGGUGUCUCCUGCCCUUUGAUCCUCUUAUCCACAUGGGGGUGUCAGGGUCAGUCUGAUAGAGGCCCUCCUGGCUCCUUCCUUCACCGCCUUCUUCUCAUCUUCCAUCAUGUCAUGGUUUACUCCUCUUCCCUUUAUAUCCCAGUUUACAUGGUACUUCUCCCCAGGUGUCAGCCCUGUACUCUGUGGAAGUGUGGCGCCGGACAGGGAACCAGCUCUUUUUAUCCAUGGGCCCUGGCUUUGGCAGCUUUACCGCAAUUAGCUCAUACGUCCCUCGGUCCAACGACUGUGUCAUGGAUGCCUUUGCUGUGGCUCUUCUCAACCUGACUGCCUCACUGACUUCCACGGUGUUUGUAUUUGCCAUAAUGGGCCACUUGGCCACAGAGAACAAUGAAAAAUGUUACCUUAGGAAUGCUGAGAUAGUGCUGGAUCUGAUAGCUUCUGGGGUGCUGCCUGCUGAGGCCCACCCCCCAGACAGUAUGUAUCAUGAUCCCAGCUCCAUCUACUCCAGGUGGAUCAAGAGUCUCCCUAAACAAAUCAAAGACGUGGUCCUACCCUAUGUGACCAAUUGCGACUUAUCUCAACAAUUGAAGGAGGUUAUGGAGGGUCCCGGUGUGGCCAUUGUGGCAUUUACCGAUAUCAUCUCUGCUUUUUCUGGAUCCACCUUCUGGGCCAUCAUCAUCUUCAUGUUGCUGGCGAGCCUGGGGCUGAACACCAUGACAGGGAUCGUGCAGGGCAUUGUUACCCCUCUCCAGGACACUUUCUCUUCCCUCAGGAAAUGUACAAAUCUGCUCACAGUGGGCAUCUGUGUGCCUAUGUUCCUGGGCAGUCUCAUUUUCGUGAGGCCUUCGGGGAGCUACUAUGUGAACCUGCUGGAUGAUUACUGGGUAUCUCUGCCGCUCUUCCUCAUUGUCAUCUUGGAGAACAUAGCCAUGGCCUGGAUUUAUGGGGCCAGGAGGUGAUGCUCUAAGCCCAGGAUCUGCAGUCAUGCAACCACACAGCGAGGGCCCUAAGGGAGGACUGGCCCCCCUGCUCUCACUGUCAGGCCUCUGACCCAGAGCUUAUGGAGAGCCCCCAGAGGGUGGGAAGGAGAAGACUCCUGGAGAAAACAGGUGUAGAACGGAAAAGUGGUGGACAGUCCAUAUCAAGUCCUAGUGGCUCCUGAGCCCUACUUUUAACCAGGGUAGUGUGGGCAUGUAAUCCCUUGCUUCUCAAAAUGUGCUCUGGAAAAGCAGCAUUGGCAUCACCUGGGAGUUUAUUAGAAAUGCAGACCCUCAGCCUGUACCCCCAGACCUUUGAAUCCAUAUCUGCAUUUUAACAAGAACCCCAAGUAAAUCAUAUGCACACUACCAUUUGAGAAGCAGUGUAUAAUCCAAAUGUGGCAGUGUUUCUAGGUGAUAGUGGCUCUUGGCAUCAGUUUGCCGAUUCAUACACUCACUCUCACAUAUUACCCAGAGUGUGCCCAAGGGCCAGGCAGGCCUUGUGAGCACUGAAGAUACUGGGAUAAAUUAUAUUGAGUUUUUACUGUCAGAGUUGAAAGAAGAAUACAUACGUAGGUAGAUUUUGGGACAGGUUAGUAAGCCUAUGAUAGAGGCAGCCAAGGGCACUCUGGGAACACAGAAGGUAUCUAAAGAAGGCAAGGAGGGGAUGCUUGAAAAGAAUCUAGACAGAGGGGGGCGCCUGGGUGGCACAGCGGUUAAGCGUCUGCCUUCGGCUCAGGGCGUGAUCCCAGUGUUGUGGGAUAG